UGAGUAACCAAGGAGAACUGGUUGGAGGUGUAGAGGAAGUUGAUGCGUGGUGGAAGCUCACAGUUGACCAGGAGAUUGCCAGAGUGUAACCUCAACCUCAAAGUUUGAGUGACAAUGUUGGCGGGGAACACCCUGGUGUCGGCGGGCCGGGGGCUGAUGAUGGCGGGGUUGGUGCCCCUGGUGCGCUUCCUGCUGCUCACAGUCGUCAGGGACGCUGACCACCGGGACUACGAGCUCUCCGGCCCCCUCGCUCCCCAGUACGACUUUAUCGUUGUUGGUGCAGGAGCAGCUGGAUGUGCUGUGGCAGCCAGGCUGUCGGAGGAGGCGGGGUGGCAGGUGCUGGUGGUGGAGGCCGGCGAGCCACCAGCACCAGAGAGCUACAUCCCAGCUCUCUGGCAGUUCGCCUACCUCUACGCCUACCCCCCAACAUGGGCAUAUAGGUCCACUCCACAAAAAUACGGCCUCCUCAACGUUGCUAACCGGGAGGCGGUCCUGACGCAGGGGCGAGCGCUGGGGGGCGGCACAGUAAUAAACGGGUUGGUGUACAGUCGCGGCAACCGACGAGACUAUGAUGGUUGGGCAGCCCUUGGUAACUACGGCUGGGACUACGCCUCCGUCCUCCCUUACUUCAUCAAGUCAGAAGACUACCGCGGCCCGCUGCUGCCUAGUACUGCCAAGUACCACGGUAAGGGAGGACCUCUGGGAGUCACAGCCAACAACAUGGUGGCCCUUAACAAAGCCUUCGUCCAAGCCGGCCGCGAAUUAGGCUACCCAGCAGUCGACCCAAGCGGGCCUGAGCAGUUAGGCUUCCCCUCCCACGGAAUGUAUACCAUCCGUGACGGGGUCCGCAGCUCCACGGCCGAGGCCUACCUCAGACCUGCCUCCUCUAGGCCUAACUUCCAUAUACUUCACAGCGCCACUGUCCUCCAGGUGUUGUUCGACGACCAGAAAAAGGCAGUGGGGGUGAAGCUGGAGCACAAAGGAAAGGUGGUGACAGUCGGGGCCCGACGGGAGGUGGUGUUGUCCGCAGGGGCAUUUCGGUCGCCCCACCUGUUGAUGGUGUCAGGAGUGGGACCCAAGCACCACCUGCAGCACCACAAGGUGAAGGUGGUGGCAGAUGUACCGGGAGUGGGCCAGAACCUGCAAGACCACGUUGUUAUCCAUGGCCUCAGUUGGACCACCAAGAAGGGCGUUUCCAGCUCCACCAUUAAAAACACCUUGAACUUCGCGUCCAUCAAGCAGUAUAUUGAAAAUAGGGGAGGUCCUCUGGGAGACACGCUGUCAGGAGUACACGACGCCUGGGUGAAGGUGUCUGAGGGCGGGGACCCGCUCUUACCAGACAUACAGCUGCUUUUCGCUCCUACAACAUCAGCCUACGACCUGGGUGUGUUUACACCAGGCAUUCAGGGGGCUGAUCACAACAGCUUCAAAAACUACAUGAAGGAGAUCUACGGGCUGGACGGGUUCAGUAUCAGACCAAUCCUUCUCCGCCCUAAGAGUCGGGGGUCAGUCAUUCUUAAGUCCAACGACCCCAAAGAAUUUCCAGUUAUUGACCCCAACUACCUCAGUCACCCAGAUGACGUCCAGACCCUGGCUAAUGGCAUCAAGUUCUCUGUCGUGCUAGGCAAUACCUCGGCCUUUGUCAACAACUUCGAAGCUAAGUUUCAUGAUAAGAAACUACAAGAGUGUGGCCGGGAGGUGACCAACAGCAACACCUACUGGCUCUGCUACGCUGCCCACAUGUCUUCCACAUACCUCCACCCGGUCGGCACCUGCAAGAUGGCGCCACCCUCUGACCCCAUGGGUGUGGUUGACCCCCACUUGAGAGUCCGCGGGGUUUCCGGGCUGCGGGUGGUGGACGCGUCCAUCAUGCCAAAUAUGGUCUCCGGCAACACUAAUGCGCCCAUUAUCAUGAUCGGAGAGCGGGCCGCUGACAUCAUUAAACAAGACUGGAACACUAACGGCUAGCUGACUCCACGUGUGUGAAACCUUCCCUGGAAACACAAACCGAAACUGUCUCUAUUUUCCGCUUGAUACAACUUGUAAUAAAGUUGUUACAUCUUGGCUUAACGUGUUUAUGACGUAUUAGAACGUUGGUACAACUUGCUAUAUUGGUUGUUAUAACUGGUUAGGAGGUGUUAAAACUUGUUCAAACGUUGUACCAACGUCGUAGUUUCGGUGUGUGUUUGGCGGGUUGUGACCAUCUUCAUAUAUUAACACCACUACAGUCUAUGCUAGAAAUGAUUGUUCGAAUUCUUCGCAUUGUAAACAAAAAAAUAGAAUAAACGUCAUCCAAUGUACCGUAAACAUCACUAACACUAUAAUCGCAACAUCGACCAUAAACUUCACUGCCAACAGAAUUUACCAAUGCUCACUACCUCAGCCAUGCAUACAUCCUAUAAGUCACCAACCCCUGAUCACAAUGUUUCCUUACCCAUCGUAAACAGACGUCAAAUGAGCCCCACUUGUAAUGCUUGUGAUGAACAUUGCUUCCCUUACCCUAUGAUUUUUUGCUGACUACUGAGAUUCCUGUUAACUCAUAUAAGGCAGGAGAGCGCAACUCAACGGUCACGGAGUACACAACUAGACACAAUAAAGAUCUUUGGCACAAAUAUCAUAACAUUUGUUUAUAAACUCCUCUCAACUAAUGCGUCUCAUUUUGUACGUUAUGGUCCCUAACGUACACAUUUCAAAAUACUAUGAAAAGAAGUGUCUCAUAAAUAUCUAUUUUCAGUAAGUUAGGUUAGGAGGCCUGUUGAGGUUCUUACGUUUCUGGUUAGAUUAGGACUUUGUAGUUUGUACGUUGUGACAAAUCAAGAGAACGGUCUGUAAGGCUGUUUGGAACUUAAAAAAUGAUGAUAUAUCAGUGGGCCUAAUGAUAAAUCACUUUUUUCUACACAUAAUGAAACUUUUCUCAUUUUCUUCCAUAAUUUUUUGCUGCCAAUAAAUUUAAUUUUCUUGAUUUAUUUAAUUUAAUAUAAUUGUAAACAUAAGUAAUCGUAUAGACACAAAGCACAUUAUAAAGGCUUGGACACACCAAUUCUGACAAGAGUUAACUAUUGGAAAGUUUUAUUUAUUUUAUCCUAUAAAUAUGUGCUGUACUCUAAGAUUUGUUUUGGAUUUCUUUCAUCUUAUUGACUUGUUAAACGCUGUACUCUCAAAGGGGAUAAGAUAAGAUAAUUAUCAGUAGAAAGCACAAUCAUUACGACAAGCACUUCACUAGCCUUCACUAGCAAGCCCUCCCGUGGACACUCCACCCUCAGCCUUCAUUAGCAAGCCCUCCCGUGGACACUCCACCCUCAGCCUUCACUAGCAAGCCCUCCCGUGGACACUCCACCCUCAGCCUUCACUAGCAAGCCCUCCCGUGGACACUCCACCUUCAGCCUUCACUAGCAAGCCCUCCCGUGGACACUCCACCCUCAGCCUUCACUAGCUGUCAUGAUUGAAUAUAAUCUAAACACUUAAGCUGAAGCUACUCGUUCCACAGGAGACAUCUCCCGUCACGCAGGGUGCAGUCGCACCUCCACAGAUCUCCAGUAUCAUCUAUUGAUACUGGUGAUGGCUCAAAAGGGCCACCACUUACGAGCUACUCAUGCCCUUGCCACCUUUUGGGUGGCUUAAUCUUCAUCAAUCAAUCUGAAGCUACUAUUACAGACGAUGAGUCACAACAAGGUGGGUGAAGACAUGAUGACCACACGUCAGAAAAUGAAGAAACGACGACGCUUCGGUCGUCCUGUGCCAUUAUUUUUAGCAUUAAAUAUUUUCUUUGAUUUGUUUACUGCCUUAAUAAAAUACAUUAAAGUUAAA